GAAUUUUUGUUUGAGCGUAUGUCAAGCAGUAAUAGUGCCUCCGUUCAUCACAAGCACGUUACCAAAGAUCUUUUUCAUCAUAGUUUUCCUUUUCAUGUUGGUAUUACACACUCAGAGGCGUUCUGUGCCAAUUGUCGUGAGCUACUAUGCGCAGUCUGUGUUAUAGCUCAUCAGAGAGUUCGUAUUACCCGAGACCAUGUUGUAAUUGUGCUCCAGCAACUGCUUUCUCACAUGGCGGGCAAUGCUUUUGUCUCCGGAGAUGAUGGUGUCGUUGGAGCGUCUUCAAGUUCACCUCCGAGAUCUUCUUCUCUGUGUCCAACACACGAUGGUAAAGUCUUCUGCUCCUGUGAAACCUGCGGAAAGGUUCCGUUAUGUGCGCAUUGUAUAUCGCUCCACUCAACGCAUCACAUUAUUCCUUUGGGUGAUGUACGAGUGUGUGUUAUUUCUUUACUUGCGGAGUCGCGCCGUAACGAACGAAGUAUCGAAGAGGCUAUCGAGAGCGUUCGAGCUGCUGCAUCAGAGCUACGAUCGCUCAUGCAUCUACACAUGAGCGCAUUGGAAGAGAGGAAAAGAGAAUUGCUGCAAAGAGUCGACACAAUCAGACAGUCGAAAACAAAGAAUCUUAAAGCUCAAGUAGAAAAUUUGACCGCUGCAAAGGCGAAGUUUGCGCAGGUGAGGCGUAUUUAUUCCUACUCUAAGAAGGUAGAAAUUUCGUGGGUGGGCGUAGUGAUUAACGGUACGGAAUGUCGUCUUCUCAUUGCUUUAUAUACGUUACAAUUACGUUAUUUUAGAAUACGCGCUUUGGGAGAAUUAGAAAGUGGUCCUUGUGCACGCCUUUGUCAUCUGGUGGGCGAAGGAUAUAAAAGGUUCCUCGUGUAUUUUUCCAUUACUAUUUACGUAAAUAUUCUACUCUCACAUGAUUUAGUGUUCAUGAGGUUACCGCAACAGUGCUUGCACCUGAUGGACGUAAUAAAAGUUGAUUUACUAGUUCUCCUCCGCAGUGAAAGUGAUCCAGGAGUUGUUAGUGUUGCCUAUUUUCCAAUUCUGAAUGGACAACACCAGCUAGACAUUCGCGUUCGUGGAGUGUCGAUCAGUGGUUGCCCCACUGCCCUAGAAGUUCGUCAUGGUCGUAAUUACGCUGAUAUUGCUGCUCAGGGAGAGCUGUUUUCAUUUGGAAAGGAAGGAUCAGGUGAUGGAGAGCUUUGUCGACCAUGGGGAAUUUGUGUUGACCUGCGCGGGAGGGUGUUAGUUGCAGAUCGAAGCAAUAAUCGUAUCCAGAUUUUCGACCGUGACGGAAUUUUUCUCACCAAAUUUGGUUGUGGUGGGACACGUGCAGGACAGUUCGACCGCCCAGCAGGAGUAACUAUCAACACAAGGAACAACAUAAUCGUAGCCGACAAGGACAAUCACAGGAUACAGGUGUUUGAUGAGAAUGGAAAUUUCUUACUCAAAUUCGGUGAAAGAGGAAGACCCAUCGGAAUGUUUAAUUAUCCUUGGGGAGUAGCGAGCAACAGCCAAAACCACAUAGCCGUUUCAGAUACGAGGAAUCACCGAGUACAAGUUUUCAACGAAAGUGGGCAGUUUAUUCGAAAGUGUGGAUUCGAUACAGCGUUUUUCUACAAGCAUUUGGAUUCACCACGUGGUUUAUGCUACUUGUCCGAUGGUCAACUUCUUAUAACGGAUUUCAACAAUCAUCGACUGGCAGUCCUGUCCUCUCGCGACGCACCCGAAAUGAAGGUAUACGGUACUGAGGGCAGCGGAGAAGGGAUGUUCUGUCGGCCACAGGGAGUUAAAGUCGACCCGGAAGGUCACAUACUUAUUUGCGACUCUCGAAAUAAUCGCAUUCAGGUGUUUUCUGGCGACGACAUGCGUUGCGUCGCUGUAUUCGGGCAGUCUUCUGCGUCUAGUGGUUUUGAGAUGCCAGCUGAGCUUCCUGCUCCUUUUCGAUCAGUCGGACCUAGUCCUUUCCAUGCCACCAAUACGCCGACUAGUGUGUCGUCUCUUGACAUUUCCAAUGGGCCGCGUCCUUUGCUUGACCGCCCUACUGAUGUUGCAAUCGCGUCGGAUGGACGAAUUUAUGUAGUUGACUUUGGUAAUAAUUGUAUACGUGUGUUUUGA